AUGAGCCGCUCGGCAGUCCUCCUGGCCGCGGCUCUGGCCGCCCUCCUGGCCCCCGGGGCCGCGCUGCCCGUCCGCCGGCAGGGCCCCCGGCACAAACUGCUCCUGGUGUCCUUCGACGGCUUCCGCUGGGACUACGACCAGGACGUGCACACCCCCAACCUGGACACCAUGGCGCGUGAGGGCGUGAAGGCCCGCUACAUGACCCCUGCCUUCGUCACCAUGACCAGCCCCUGCCACUUCACCCUGGUCACUGGCAAGUACAUCGAGAACCACGGCGUGGUCCACAACAUGUACUACAACACCACCAGCAAGGUGAAGCUGCCCUACCACGCCACGCUGGGCAUCCAGAGGUGGUGGGACAAUGGCAGCGUGCCCAUCUGGAUCACGGCCCAGAGGCAGGGCUUACGGACCGGCUCCUUCUUCUACCCCGGCGGGAACGUCACCUACCAGGGCACGGCCGUGACGCUGAGCCGGAAGGAAGGCAUUUUGCACAACUACAAAGACGAGAAGGAAUGGAGAGCCAACAUCGACACCGUGAUGAAGUGGUUCACGGAGGAGGGCCUGGACCUGGUCACACUCUACUUCGGGGAGCCGGACUCCACGGGCCACAAGUACGGCCCCGAGUCCCAGCAGAGGAAGGACAUGGUGGCGCAGGUGGACCGGACGGUGGGCUACCUCCGUGACAGCAUCAGGCGCAGCGGCCUCGAGAGCAGCCUCAACCUGAUCAUCACGUCCGACCACGGCAUGACCACCGUCAACAAGGCGGCCGGCGACCUGGUGGAGUUCCACAAGUUCCCCAACUUCACCUUCAAGGACAUCGAGUUCGAGCUCCUCGACUACGGGCCCAACGGGAUGCUGCUCCCCAAGGACGGGCAGCUGGAGAAGGUCUACGAGGUCCUCAAGGACGCGCACCCCAAGCUCCACGUCUACAAGAAGGAGUCCUUCCCCAAGUUCUUCCACUACGCCAACCACCCCCGGAUCACGCCGCUGCUCAUGUACAGUGACCCCGGCUACGUCAUCCACGGGAGGCUGAACGUGCAGUUCAACAACGGGGAGCACGGCUUCGACAACGGCGUCAUGGACAUGAAGACCAUCUUCCGGGCCGUGGGCCCCAGCUUCCGGCGGGGCCUGGAGGUGGAGCCCUUCGAGAGCGUCCACGUGUACGAGCUGCUGUGCCGGCUGCUGGGCAUCGUGCCCGAGGCCAACGACGGGCACCUCGGCACCCUGCUGCCUGUGCUGGCGCCCGAGGGCGGCACCGGGCGCCCCAGCACCCCGCCGCCCACAACCCGCUCAGGCACCGCCCUCCUGCCCGGCGGCUGCCCACCUUUGAUGGCGGGGCUGCUGCUGGCCACGAUUCUUCUGGCCAAGGUCGCAUGA